AUGCAGGAAUCAGCGUCCCCAGGUUCCACGCAGGCGCACCUCAAGCAACUGGGGACCCGCCGUCAUGCGUGCGAUCGAUGCCGUAGACAGAAGUUGAAGUGUGAUAUUACUAAGCCGUGCUCACCGUGUGUGCGCUCUGGCUUUGAUUGCUUGACAACAUCAGCACCAUUACGAAAGUCAAAACAAACACAGAAAAUAAGGACCGAAAGGCGCCGGAGUGCCAACCAACCGCGCUCUGCCCCAUCAACAAGUCCUCCGCUUUCUGAGAGACCCGACCGACCCGUCAAUAGACCCCAGACUUCUCACAGCCCGAGCAGUUACCGAGAUGCCAACCCUGAAUCUCUUCCCUGGCCGCAUAGAUAUCCGCAAGUAUCAGCAGUCGAGCUGACAGAUGAGCUUUUUCGAAUGCAUAACACGGCAUCUAUGGUGUCACCGACAGAAACCAACAAUACCUCCGCUCUCCCAGGGGGUGGAUCUCGCCCAACUCGAGGUCCUGAUGAUCGAGUAAAUGAAAGAGGCGCUCCUCUUACUUCCCACUUCAACGGAUUGGUUCUUCCUUCCCGACAAAUAUGCGACUUCCUGCUGCAAUCAUAUUGGAAAUCAGUGCACUGGUUUAUGAUGAUUUUUCAUCGAUCGUCUUUUGAAAAGCAGUAUGAGAAUAUCAUGGGCAAACAAAUAGUUACACCUCAACAAAAUGGCGUGGCAGUGCUGCUUUUGAUGGUACUUGCCCUAGGUGCAAGAUAUACUUCGGAAGAACAGGCAUCACAGAUUGGCCUCACUGAGCAAGAGAGAUCUCUUUUGCAAGGUAACAUGUUGAAUCAGGUUCGAGCGCACUUCUUUGAGAUUCUGGACGCAGGAGGGUUAGAGUGUGUUCAAUGUUGCAUCUUGUUGAGCACAUUUGACCUUUAUAAUGGCAACCCCAAUAUGGCGUUGCCCGUUCUUGGCGCAGGAAUUGGCAGCGCGCAGGCGCAAGGCUUACACAAAGAGUCCCUAUGGGGCCCUGCACCGGAGGUUGUUCUUGAAGUCCGCAAGCGAACUUGCAUGCCACGAGAUAUGGAGGAUAUACAAGCCGUUCAUCCGUUACUGAACUCGUUGGAGUACUCGGCAACUACUCACCCAGCACGCGUGACAUUGGGCACAUAUCAGCGCUACAAAUUUGAGCUUUACACCAUUGCCUCUUCGAUAAUUGGCAGCAUAUAUAACCUUGACUCCCCAAAAUCAGGAGAUGUGAGACACCAAGCUGCAGUUAUCAACACCAAGCUGGUAGAUUGGUUUGAAAGGCUCCCAGCGGAGCUAAAGUUGAAGAACAAUUCUGAAGUCCACACGAACAACCUGUCGAGUACCGAGCUUGACGUGUACCGACUUUUCGAGUUACAGGCUUUAGUACUCCAGUUGGCGUAUGAUAAUAUUCAAAUCAUCCUGCAUCGUCCUUUCCUGCGAUACACUGGUCAGUUAAUCAUGGGCCCCAACCCUCGCAGCCCAGAAAAUCGACCGACUAGUUUUGAUCAAUGCAAACAUUGUGCUCGCCGCACGUGCGGCAUCUUGCCACGAUAUGCACCAGUUCUUCUUGCCGCCAAAAAUACUCACGCAGUUGCAUACAUUGCAAUGCAAAAUUUCACUGCUGGGGUGACCCUUGGUAUGGUAGCAUUGUCGGAUCCAGGUUCUGCACAAUCGCAAGAUGCAAAGAAAGGGGUUGCAAAUUCUAUCUCGCUACAGAAAAACCUCGCCGAGUCAUCUAUCGUUCCAUCACAGACAGUAAAAGUUCUCGAAGGACUUUUCCAUCUUAUCUUUCAGCGAGAAAUGCAAGCAUUUCUAGACGGCCCGCCGUUUGAUAUGACUCCUGAGUACAGCCUUAAUCCCGAAAGGGACUUGGCAGCCAGCAUCGCACAAGAGGGCCACGUCUCUGAUGGAAUGGGCCGUCUGGAGAAUGAGAGAUUUAACUCGGCGCAGUUGUCGCAAGGUCAGGAUAAUACAGGUUAUACUCCGCAACAUCCGGACGCUGGAGGUAGACUCCAAGUUGCCUCUGAAAUCGAGACAACAACAGAUCCGGACUUUGGUGCCUACCCGGCUUCUCUAUUGCCUCUCUAUGCUGGUGUCGACCAAGCGCUUGACUCGGUACAGCAGGUUCUUUGGGAGUGUUCGGAUCCUAUGACACCUGUAGGCAACUAUAGGCCGACGGAGGACGAAAUCUGGGGAGAUCAAAGACCCUCGGCUGAAAAUUUACAGCGUUCCAAUAAUGAGGCGCCUUCCAACUCGCAGAUCCCGUCACUCGACCCUUGUCCCGAGAGGUUAAACGAGCUGAACCUAUCACUUCCCGGCCAGAGCUGGGUGUGGAAUUGGACCAAUACGCCCUGA